AUGACGUGGCGCUUGGCGCUCGAUCACUUCUUCACCUUUUCCUUCUCGCAGUCUGACUAUUCCCGAUGCCCUUUGUGUGACGCGAGCAUGGAAGUACUUGGAACGAUCGUCAACGCCGUGCAGGUUUUCGAGGCAUGCGUCAGUACAUAUAAGCUUAUCUGCCUUGCGAACAGCGUGGGCAGGGAUGGCGAUCAGAUCGUGUCGCGCCUGCAAUGGGAAUAUUAUCGACUCAUCCAAUGGGGGAAAAGGUCGGGAAUCGAAUCGAAUUCCCCGUCAAAUCGACUGAACUGGGACGUCGCUGGGAGUUUGCUGCAGGAGCAACAAGAGUUGUUAAGCUCCGCCGAGAAGCUUAAAUCCAAGUAUAAUCUCGACAUCGAUGAUGAGCUUUUAACCUCGACGCAACUGGAAGAGAAGACCGUCGAGACUUCCUCGAGCUUAACGAGAUUCCUUCGCCAUCUAACGGCUGCUGAUUCCGGGAGUCUUCGAGCCCGAGCCAUUCAAAGCCAAAAUAGUCCCAUUCGACGUCUUCGUUGGGCCAGUACAGGGAAGGAAAAGACAGAUCGUGUGGUUAGCGACAUCGCUGAGUUAAACAACCGUCUGGAUUAUCUGUUGGAUUCGAUGGAUCGCGAAAGGCUUCAUGCGGCGUCGGACUCGUUGCUCAGGGAUCUUAUCACACACUGCAGUAACCCUAGCGAAGUGACCACUAUCAAUGCUCUCUUGAAUCCUGCAUCAUCGGACUCGAGCCAAGCUCUCGCUGCAGCUGCAUCGUUGCGACAGAUUCGUCUGCUUCUAGCACCAUCUAAAGGUUCAGAGCAGAGAUCCGAGUUGCGAGGUACUCCUCUCCAACUCCUUGAACUUCGUCCACGACGUCUGACUCCCAAGGACUCGACACAGUCCUUGAAUUACACGGGAAUCGAGCCUGCGCUUUACAACGGACAGAACGUCAUUGUGGAAUGGAAGGUCGCGGGAGAUCCAGGCUGGGAUCAACUAGCUAAAUAUGUCCGCCGACUCGCCAUGCUGUUAAGUAAAAUGGAUGAUCCGUCUUUCCACACUCUGCCAUGGCAGGGGCUACUGCCGUGGCGUGAAAGAUCGCUAUUCGGCUUUGUGUACAGAUACCCGUCUCAAACAGAGGGACUCAAGGAUUCUUUGCGGUAUGAAUCUCUGCAUACAGCCAUCCGAACAUUCUCGCUUGUUCCAUUAAACCGCCGCGUGAGAAUCGGAAUGGAUAUGGCGGAGACAGUGCUCCAACUGCACACAGCCGGCUGGCUACACAAAGGAAUCCGAUCGGAAAAUAUAAUCGCAUUCUUCGCUCCAGACGAUGACACUCUUCCCGAGAAGACCCACCUCGUCGGGUUCGAAUAUGCCAGGCCCGACUCCAAAGAUGGUCUAGCCAUAACUCAGCUCCCGGGGGGCUCCCUUGACGCAGAUCUAUAUCGGCACCCGAAGGCACGGGGCGCUCAUCGCCAAUCGUACCGGAAGGCGUUUGAUCUCUACGGAUUAGGAUGUGUGCUUCUUGAACUGGCCCUCUGGAAGCCACUAGCUCAGAUCCUUGCCGAGACCUACCCUGAGACUGGUAAAGACGCGAGCCACUCAGAUGGGAAUCUAACAAAUGCGUCUCGGGUGCCGUCGCUUCUGCCAAUUCAGGAAUGUACUUCGUUGCAGCUGCUUGUCACACAUUGUGCCGGCAGUGUAUUUUACGAUACCAUUGCCCUUUGUUUUGAAGACCGGACGUUCGAUGAAGAUGGAUUGGACAGGCAGAAAACAGUCCUGGAGAAACUAGGAAAAUUGAAUGUAUAG